AUGGCCACCUAUCAACUUUAUCGCAAUACAACAUUGGGUGUUACAUUACAAGACACUCUUGAUGAAAUGAUUUCGCAAGGUCAAUUAACUGAACUAGCUGCUAGUAAAGUUUUAAGUGAAUUUGAUCGAUCAAUUAAUGUCGCACUUGAUAAACGAAUUAAUAAAAAAGUUCAAUUUUCUGGAAAAUUAAGCACAUAUCGUUUUUGUGACAAUGUUUGGACACUGGUUCUAAAAGAUUUUUCUGUUAAAGAAAGUAAUAAUCCAGGUGGACAUGCUACAAACACUACAACUUCACAAAUACCUAAGGCCGAUAAAGUUAAAAUUGUUGCAUGUGAUGGAAAAAGUGCUCUGCAAUCUUAA